UAGAAUGCACUGCCUGUCUUUGGGGAGGGGGGGAGUUUUUUUUAAAAAAACACAGGAUAUGGGGCAAAAUGGGUCGAAAUUGCAGACUGGGCUUGUUUUCUCUGCUCUCUGACGUCAGAUGAAGCAGUCUUUAUCUGAACUUCCUUGUGUUGGAGCUUCCUGUAUUUGCGCUGUGUUUGGCUUCACUGAGUUGCAGAGAUCUGACUGUCUGUGUUUGCCUUCUUUGCCCAUUUCGAAGGAGGAAGAGACAAAAAAAAAACUUGGGUGAGGAUGAAUGUUGAAAAUGAGGUCAAUCUUCUCGUUGAGGAGAUCCGGCGUCUCGGAGCUCCAGGCGUCGAUGGUAAAAUCACUGUGAAGUUUGGAGUGCUGUUUGCUGACGACAAAUGUGCAAACUUGUUUGAGGCCCUGGUGGGGACACUGAGAGCUGCUAAACGCAAGAAGAUCAUCAUGUACGAGGGAGAGAUGCUGCUCCAAGGAUCUCACGACAACGUGGACAUCGUUUUACUGCAGGAUUGAACCUCGACAAUGGGGUCUAACUUGCACUAUUUCUUAACCUGUUUCUUAACAAGAAAUGGCUCAUUUCAAUUCCUAAACCACUGAAUGUGUUCACAAAGUCCUGUUAACUCCCACCCCCUUGUUUUUUCCCCUAUAACUGAAAUGCGAGGAAGAAUGGUGAUAAUUGUAUUUAGAAGUACUUAAAAGUAUUCAGUAGAAGUGUUUAACUAUGUUUAGAUGUCCAGAAAAUGGCUGCGUGUGAGCGCCAUCAUUUUCAUGGCAGAUAAUAGCACGUCGCCAUUUUCGAGCCAACAUCCUGUAAAACAUGGAUGGAGUCAGUGAGGAAGGAGUUACUGAUGUCAGACAUCGUUACGCUCCCCUCAUCUGUAACAGCAAAUAAACAUUCAUUGCAAGAAUAAAACAUUGGGGGUAACAGGACUUUGCGGACACCUGUAGAUUGCUGAGGAGUGCAUUCCGCGAUUGCAAAUUGUAUUGUUGCACAUUUCCUAUUAAGAUAUCUGUUAAGAAAUACUGCAAAUUAGGAUCCACUCUUUCUUCCUCCCUCCCCUUCCCCCCACCCCACCUCCACUCCACCACCAUGUCCAGAGAGCACUGUUCGUUCGUUAAACCAUGAGUCAGGAUCAUGGAUGGCGAUUAGCUUUCGGGAAGUUUUGCGGUUGAGAAAAAUACUCCAAAGAGGAGAGAGAACAAGAAACACUGGCUGCUUUGCUAAGCUCUGAGCUCACAGUAUUUUUAAUGAAUAGGGUCACGGGAUUUGAGUCACAAACCAGAAAUGGGAAUUAACGCAGCAAAUUACAGGUUGAAAAUGCCGUGUUGCAACCCCAACGUCUAAGAGACUCGUUAAGGACCGUGUAGAGCAGGGUGGUCUAACUGGCGGCCCGCGGGCCACAUCUGGCCCACCGGCUGAUUUCAUUUAACCCGCACCCUUCAUUUCGUCUCCCACCCACUCCCUCCAUGACCCGUAAAUGUUACGUUAUGUUUCUGGAAGGCAAACACAAAAUUUUUGCUUAUGUGGCCCACGGAUGUUACUCAAAACCCUCAACAGCCAAAAGGUUGGACUUUCCUGGCAUCGAGCACAAAUUUCCACACUGCAGCUUUGAGCCUUUGAUGGAGGAAGGGGAGCGUUUCUGAAAGUGUUCGUCCUAAUUUGCAACAAGUUUACGUGACGAGUUACAAGUUUUACAUUUUUUGACCACACACCAACUGCUGUACUUGAACCGGAAAUGCGGCAAUAAAGUCAAUGAGCCUGGA